AUGACGAUCUCCUAUCCGACAGUGUCGCCACUUCGUUGCGGCUAUCUCUCACCUCCAGCAUCGAAAUUCCUCGCGGAUGCCAAAGAAGGGGAGAAAUUGACCAUGCCGUCAAUGGCUUUCUUGAUUCAGCAUUCCGCAUCAAAGUCAAAGAUUGUCUUUGACCUGAGCAUCCGGAAAGACCUGACCAAAUACCACCCUGGACUGCAAAAGCACCUUGAAACGAGACAUCCAUUAAGCAGCGAAGACGAUGUGAAGUCAGCGUUGGCGCUGGGAAACGUCGACGCCUCACAGAUCGACUAUGUGAUCAUGAGCCACGUGCAUUGGGACCAUGUGGGUACCCCAUCUGAUUUCACCUCUGCAACUUUUAUUGCCGGCCACAAUACGGGCAAGCUGCUCAGAAAUGAAAUGGGACCGGACCUAGCAAACCCGUUCUUCGAGCCCGACCUACUGCCGAUGGAUCGCACGAUCGAAUUGCCAGCAACACCGAGCCCCAAGACUGGUGAGGUGUUUGACGAGGCUCACAGAUGGUAUUGGCGGCCCAUAUCUCCGAUUCAAAAUGCCAUUGACAUGUUCAACGAUGGCACCGUUUACAUCGUGGACAGCCCAGGUCAUUUACCCGGUCAUUUGAACGCCUUGGUACGAGUUGCUGUUGACAAAUGGGUGUACUUAGCUGCUGAUGCUUGUCAUCACAUGCGGAUUUUCAAAGGCGAGACGGAUUUCGGGUCCUGGAAAGAUGACAAGGGUCGAACAACCACAAUCCAUAAAGAUCUCGAAGCAGCAUACAAGACGCUAAACACCAUGCGCGUGCUUCAAAGGGAUGGGCUAAACGGCAUCCCGGUCGAGAUUGUCCUCGCACAUGAUGGAGAGUGGCAGGAGAAAAAUGCGGACCAUUUCUUCCCAAAUCAUCUUUAG